AUGGACGUUGUCUGCAAAGCCUGUCUGGCCUCUCACUUGGAGCUCAAACAUACGCGUCCGAAAGAGAAAUUUAAACGUCGCAAGUCUUUUGACACGACGGGUAAUGACGAGCCGGAAGAACUGCAGUUUCUAUCACCCUUUGGCUCCCCAGACUCGGAACUCGAGUACGCAGAUACGGACGAGCUUCAAUUUGUGGACAGCAUUGAAGCGGCGAGCGAUGAAGACGACAAUGGAGUUUUGCGUGACGAUGACGCCGAAGACGAUGUCGAAGACGACGAGUUGCUGAUGAAGACGACGGCCAGGCAGUCGUGCAUUGAAGAGGCGGUACAGUACAAGGAACUAUGCAAGAUCCAAGGAAUGGUAGCCACGUGGGCUAUAAAGGAGAAGCACCUUAAGCAGGAGAUGCGACGCGAGAUCUAUGACUACGAGAACUGCAGUAUUUUUGCAGUGAGCUAUGCUGUAACUGCUACAGUGGUUGUCUGGACUCUUUGUGGACUUCUACUAGCGAUCUAUUUGGGAGUACGCAGUCUACAAGCAGGUUCUAGCUACGUGCGUUGA